ACUGAUCGACGUCAGACAGGGGCAGUUUCGAGGAAGUGACGCGCGCUUGAGACUGGGCAAAGGAAGUUUCAGUUUGCUCGGUGGUGCUGAACUAAAGUUUUCCCCGGAGCGAUAGAGGAGGAUCAGAAAUCCUGUAAAAUUGUGACGCUGGAGAGACUGAUCCAGCCGUGGAGGGAACCACCGUUUUCCUCGGCGUUGAAAUAACGAGUACGCCUGUGAGAUUAGUAGAGGACCGUAAAGUAUUUUUUCUCCCGCUUUCCAACCCCCUUUCCCAAAUCCUCCGACCCCCUUCUCGAUCCGAGAUGGGGAAGGAGCAGGAACUCCUAGAGGCGGCGCGCACAGGAAAUCUUGCUGCCGUGGAAAAGCUUCUCUCUGGGAAACGACAAUCGACUGGAAGUGGCAGUGGAUCAUCGGGCACUGGUGGAAGCAGCAAUAGCAGUGGUCACAAUGCUUCUCACCCGCUUUCCAGCCUUCUCAGUAUCUGGAGGGGACCUAAUGUGAACUGUGUGGACAGCACUGGAUACACUCCUCUACACCACGCAGCCCUAAACGGACACAGUGAGGUUGUGGAGGCACUGUUACGUAAUGAGGCCUUGACCAACAUCGCUGACAAUAAGGGCUGCUACCCCCUGCACCUGGCCGCAUGGAAGGGGGACCAACGGAUCGUCAGGCUGCUCAUUCACCAAGGCCCCUCACAUCCCAAACUCAACGAGCAGAGCUCCUCUGUAGAGCACAAAGAGUUGAAACGCUGUGGGCCCUUUGACCUGCAUAUUAAUGCCAAGAACAAUGACAACGAGACCCCCCUCCACUGUGCCGCCCAGUACGGCCACACCCAGGUGGUGCGUCUGCUGCUAGAGGAGCUGACCGACCCCACCAUGAGGAACAACAAGUUUGAGACGCCGCUGGACCUGGCGGCGCUCUACGGCCGGCUAGAGGUGGUCAAGCUGCUGCUCACCGCCCACCCCAACCUGCUCAGCUGCAACACCAAGAAACACACGCCGCUGCACCUGGCGUCACGCAACGGACACCUGGCCGUGGUGGAGGUACUGCUGGACGCUGGCAUGGACAUAAACUACGAGACGGAGAAGGGCAGUGCCCUCCAUGAAGCAGCUCUCUUUGGGAAGACUGACGUGGUGCAGAAACUUCUGAGGGCAGGGGUUAAUGUGAACAUGGUGGACAACAAGGGCCUGACUGCGCUGGACACUGUCAGAGAGAUGCCCUCUCAGAAGAGCCGGCAGAUAGCAGCUCUAAUCCGUGGUCAUAUGUCAGGAAAUCCCCCUGUUUUAGACUUGCCUCCUCCCCCUCUCCCUCCGCCUAAUGAGAGCCCUGGUCCGAGGAAAAAAGGUGAGAUGGAGGUGGUGAGUGAGCUGCUCUCGGGGCUGGCCCCGGGGCCUGAGGAGGAGAGCCCGUAUGAGGCUCUGUUUGAGGCCACCUCCUGUCACUCUCUAGACAGCCUGGCCAGCGGGAAGUCCUCCGACAGGGACUCUGGACGGCCUGACAGUGAAGCCGGAAAGAAAGACCGGCUGGCUCACCAAUCCCAACCUGCCCCAGGCCAUGAAGAGGAGCUUAGCUCAGAGGCCCUAUACACUAACAGCAGCAUCGAUGAGAGGGGGGAGACAGAGCAGGAGGAUCACACGUAUGAACUGCUGCUGUCCGCCCAGACCAAAGUCUCCCAGUCUGCGCUGGACCCCCCAUCCCAGAAAGAUGGGAACGCUACAGCCCAACAGUCUUCCAACAGUCUCCUACCUCAGCAGCAGAAGCCCACUGCCCCUAGUGACCUCAGACCACCAGGCGAGACGGGCGACACCCUGAAGCCCCCUGGACCUCCUUUGGUUGGGCCUGGACGGACAGGCCUCCGCCCCACUGGUGAUAACUCCCUGCUCGGCCAGGACCUGGUCACAGUACCUGAAGUGUUCACAGGCCUCCUGCACGGAUCCUCGCCUGUCUUUGACUGUCGGGAGGAGCCCCUCAGCAGGCUGCCAGGUGGAGUACUGGCACAGUCCAGCCAAGGCCAACAGCCGGCGCCAGCUCCAACGGUACCCACCAAAACAACAGAAACUCCGCCUCUGCCUCCUCCAAACAUCAACAUGGCUGCCAUCCUGACAGACUGUGACCCCAAAGCCAUCUAUGCCACUGUGUACAAGGGGGUGCCCAGAGACAGAGACAGGGUGAGGGACUUUGGGUCUGGGGCUGUGCCUGCUGGCAGGAUGCGUCCCCCUGGGGACCUGAAGCUGGCCCGCAGCCUCUCCAAGUCGGACUCGGACCUGCUGGUAUCGCCGCCUAGCGAGGAGGAGGGAGGGCUGGGCAGCCGGAGUGAGUCCGUCUCCAACUGCAGCGCAGCCAAGAAGCGGCUGGAGAAGUCUCCCUCUUUCGCCUCUGAAUGGGACGAGAUGCCUCCCACACUACCUCCGCGGAGAUCUCAGUCCUUUGAAAGUAUUGAGAAGAUCAUGACGCUGAUUGGCGCAGGCAUCGAUUUCUCCAGAGACCAGCAGUACGCUACCCCAGGUGGGGCGGCUGGGCGGCUGCUGGACCAGCCAGUGGGAGACUGGCUGGAGCACGUGGGGCUGCCGCAGUACGAGAGCAAGCUGCUGCUCAAUGGCUUUGAUGACCUGCACUACAUGGGUAGUAAUGUGAUGGAGGAACAGGACCUGAGGGAGAUAGGCAUCACAGACCCAGGACAUCGGAAGAAGAUCCUGCAUGCAGCUCGAUCCCUGCCAAAGGUGAAGGCCCUGGGCUGUGAUGGCAGCAUCUCUCUCUCCUCCUGGCUGGACCUCCUGGGCCUGCAGGAGUACCUACACAACUUCCUUGCCAGCGGAUACCGCAGCCUCGACUGUGUCAAGAACCUGUGGGAGCUGGAGAUUGUCAACGUGCUGAAGAUCACCCUGCUGGGACACAGGAAACGCAUCAUCGCCUCGCUGGCAGAGCGGCCCUAUGAGGAACCUCCUGUCAAGCCCCCCCGCCUGUCCCAGAUCAGGUGUCAGGACUUGGUAUCCCAGACCUCCUCUCCCAUCAGUCACAUGGACUCCUACGCGGGUCGUUCCAUAGACCCCCUCCUGCUGUUCGGGGAGCCUGGGAGGAAGAAGGGGCCUGACCCAGAUUAUGAUGUGGCCCCCCACCGGCCCCGCAGUGAAAGACACCGCUCACAUGAGAGAUAUGAGGAGCGGCAUCGGGAGCCCCGUCUGACCCUGCGACCUCCCAGCCUGGCAGCACCCUACACCCCUGUACAGAACUGGCACCACCAGCCUGAGAAGCUCAUCUUUGAAUCCUGUGGCUAUGAAGCCAAUUACCUGGGAUCUAUGCUCAUCAAGGAGCUACGGGGGACAGAGUCCACCCAGGACGCCUGUGCCAAAAUGAGGAGGUCGACAGAGCAGAUGAGGAAGGUCCCCACCAUCGUCCUCUCCAUCACAUACAAAGGGGUGAAGUUCAUUGACGCAGCCAAUAAGAACAUCAUAGCUGAGCAUGAGAUCCGGAACAUCUCGUGUGCGGCCCAGGACCCGGAGGAUCUGUGCACGUUUGCCUACAUCACCAAGGACCUGCAGACCAACCACCACUACUGCCAUGUGUUCAGCACAGUGGACGUGAACCUGACAUAUGAGAUUAUCCUGACGCUGGGACAAGCAUUUGAGGUGGCCUAUCAGCUUGCUCUCCAGGCCCAGAGGACCAAACAGCCCCAGGGCAUCCCAGCAGGACCCGGGGCAGAGGUCAUCGAGACCAAAUCCAGCCGGCCCGUUCCCAAACCACGGGGCAGCGUAAGAAAGUUAGGGGUGGACCCGUUGGAGCUGGAGGUGGACUCCCAGUCCCAGGGCAGCGCCACGUGGCUGGUGGACCCCGUCCCCAAGGACUCCAAGAGGACCAUCAGCACUAAGCGACGGCCACUGUGAGGCGCUCUUGAAGAACUUUCCCUCCUUGUUUUCUGAACAAUAAUCUCCUGACUCCAGUGCUCAGAAAAAAAAUAUAUGAUUCUCUACAGCCAAGGAUCACCUACCUGGAUGAACAUUGUUUUCCAGAAGAAUCUGUAAGAGACUCACUGUUCCAUUGUUCUAGCUCUACGCACAUUAGUAGGAACAUUGCCUGUUUCCCUGCAAGGGGAUGGAUGACAACCCUGUUGCACAGGACUAAACCCUAAACCCAUCCCCCCUGGGAUUAGUCCAUUUGGGUUAACAGGGGGAAGGGCACAUUCAUGCGUAUCCUGUCAGACUUAUUUACACUCUGUGUCGGUUUACCGGAAACUGUCUGGGAAAACUGGCCCUCUGUGUCAGACUGCCAAAGGAGGCUAGGGUCCAGCACUGUGAUAGGAGAUCUCUAUUGGGAACUAAUGGAGGUAACGUUGAUAGGGCCUUUGUUAGGGAAUGACAGUGGGCAGGAUAGGACACAGAGGCUCACACAGAAUAUAGUGUCCUACCUAGACAGACAGACUUGUGGGACAUCUAUUUGAGCAUGCCUUUCUCUGUUAAUGACUGAGAUGACUUUGAUUUAAUAUCUGAGCACUUUUUGUGAAUGCUUGGAUGCUGGGCAAAUAUUGUGUGCAUCCAAGAUGAUAUGAGGAGAAAUUGAAUUGACUGUUCAUUUAAUAGAGUAGGAACCAAAGAGAUGCCAAAAUGCAUGAAUUCUGCUCUAGCCACCCGUAAUAGACCUGGGUGAAGGUCUUAGGGUAAUAACCCAGCCUAGCUGGUUCAUCAAUCAAUAUAGAGCUGAUUAGUGCCAGUAACCUUCAUGAAGAGGAAGAGAGCUAAAUGAAGUACGUUAAAAAAAGAACAACAUUGUUCACAAUCCAAGCACGUCUUAAUGGACUGAAAGAGGAAGGCAUUAGCUUGGCAAGGCACUUAUUCUACAUAUAGACAUAUUAAAAGUACAGCAUUACAUACUGUUGCUUUGCUAGGUUCAGCGCAUUAAGUGUUCAAAUCACUGUUCACAUCAAUCUAAAUUCAAACUCAUCGCCAUAUUCCAAAUAGUGUUAAGACCCAAUCAACCCACUGAAUGCCUGUGGAAACUAAAACACAGCGGAAUGGGGGACUUUCCUUUCCUUCCUUUUCACAACUCAUGCCUUCUUGAUGUUCACGUUGUCAUUAAUGGCUGGCUAUCUGUGUUUGAUUUAGAAUCCACCCUGCCUCAGUCAAUAUUCAGAGUGCUAACAUUGAAGUGGCAGUUGAUCAUUAUCUAGAAAAAUCCAUCAUUUCUAUAUCUCCUCCAUUUUGUUUUCAGUUGGCUCAGUCAUGUUUUUACAUUAUUUUAAUCCCAGUGCUGUGUUGGUGUGUGUCUCCCUCCCAUGUAGCUGACUACAAGGCCAGACACCCAGCCAGAGUGAGAGGUCAGGUGUGCCCAGACCAAUGGUAUUUUGUUGUGGGGCAGGAUGCCCUUUUGGAACCAAGAGAAAGGCCAGGCCCACUUUCCAUGCACCCCUCAACCCACUGGGGGUCGUGCUUGCAUACACCAGGAAGGCCCUACCUGCUCUCUGCCGCCUCCUCAUCCUCCACUUCUUCAGCUCCAGUGGUCAGCGCUGUAGCUCUGUAUCAGACAGACAGGAAGUCAGCUACUGGCUUCUUCCACCUUGUCCUGUCCUUUGACCACUGUGUGACUGACUGCCACCAGGCAGUAAACCCAACCAACCAACACCCUCACUGCAUCCACUUACAUAUACUGGACAAUGGACUCUAUGUCAAAGCUUGGUCAGUUAUCUAGAGAUCACAAAGGUGGGUGUUUGUUCGGUACGUGUCUCUCUUUCAUUGUGAAGCACUCAACUUCAACAUCCCUCCUUUUCUGUUUUUGGUUAAAAAUUAAAACAUGUUUAUCCUUUACAGUCCAUUGAAUGCUGUUCAGACAAACCGUGUGUUCUAUCUAUGGGUACGAGAGUGACAAGUUCCCAGUUGUUGUUUUUUCCCAGACAUUUUGUGACUUGUUUAUCUAUUCCAUGAGAGGUGAAAAUGGUUGCCUCUCUAGAUUGGCACCUCAAACAACUCCUCCUCAGAGGCCUGUCCCAUACACUUAAAUGUGUCUUCACUGAGGGCUACGCUAAGCUACUCUGACAGUGAUAGUAAUCAACAUAAAUUAUAGUUUUUUGAGCAGAGGAAAUCGAGAUCCUACCUGAAUAUCUCAGUGAAAUACCUAUGGGAAAUGGGAGACAAAAUUAGAUAGAAUGAAUUAAAGUUGUCCUCGGUAUGCUAUACUCACAAGGUUACAAUUGGGUAGAAUGAUUACAAUGUGAGAUGCAGCAGUUCACUCACAGGCUCUGUCCUGUCCAUCCAUCCAAGCACCAGGUCAGCUACAUCAAAGCAUCUCUUUGUUAUCUUAAUUUCUCUCAUUCAUAACAUACAGAACUGUGAUAAAUAAUGGAAUAGUGUGUGGGAGGAAUUUUGGAGGGCUGUUAAACUGACACUACAUAUCAUAUUUAAACAGGGUGAAUGGCUUUUAUUUGAUAAAAAUAAUAAUGUAUUGUGUCUUUUUGUACGUUUUAACUGUCCUGAUGCUGGAUACUAUAUGACCAGGCUGGUGUUAGGAGGUAGUCCUACUGAUUGCAUUUUAUUCCCCCUCACUUUAUUUCUGAUUUAAUUUUGAACUAGUCAAACCACAAAACCAGUCAUGUAAGAGUUUAGGUACAAUAAUAUACACAGCAUUUUCUCCCCAUACGGUAUCUCUCCUGGUACUUAGACUGUUUUGGGUACUCUGUGGGCAGCUAGUGAUGAGCCUCUGUUGGUAUGUUGACUAGUUAUGGUACACUCAAUAUGGUACACUGGCUUCAGCUGGUUGAUGUUAGCACCUGCAGCCAUCAACCUGGUCCCAUCUUCGCAUUUGCACAUUUGCUAAGGAUCAUGUGUAGUACAAUGGGACUAUUCUGAUGAUAUUGAUGAUGACUAUGAUGAUGAUGAGAACAAUAUUGGAUUGUAAAUUAAUCUCUAGCAGUCUGUAUUUUGAUACUUGAAUGAUUUUGCUUUUAUAGAUAUCUAUAUAUCUAUAUAUAUAUCUAUAUAUGUAUAUGUAUGUAUGUAAUUUUUUUUGCCACAUAUGUUGUAAAGAGGAAAAGGACUGUGUCUUAUAAAGUUCAACAUAUCAUGAUACCCAACAAUUGAAAACGGACUGUGAGAAAGAACUCUGAGCGACCGCACUACAGAAACAAAUAAAAAAUAUUGUAAAUAAUCUAGGGCUUCCAGUCUUUUUAUGAUUAUUAUUUUUCAUAAUUGUACAACUAAUAAAUGAAGAAAUGAUUAA